ACACGUCGGGACACUUUCUCAUUAGAAACGGACAUGACGACUCAGCAGGUUUGGUGUUUCCUGCCAACCACAGCUCUUCUCUUCCUCCUGUCUGUACAAGCGUUUGCUGAAGUGAUGAAGUCAGUAUCAGACUGUGACCUCUUCCUCCUUGGCCAAACACCACCGCACAUUCCAGGCAUCCUGGAGGGCGGGAUGAUCCUCGAUCAGAACCGGUACAAGGUCAUUUGCCAGACCUACGGGAAUCAAAGAAAAUUCUUGACGCUUUACGAUGUGCGCAACCGGAUUCCGGUGUUUUCUGCUUUCAAGUUCACUGGAGAAGUUUCCAGAAAAAGACCCAAAACCGUUUGGAAGAUAGAACCGCAGCUGGAGAAUCCAAAUGGAGAGAAGAGGAUGAUCCCCGGAGAUACGAACAGAACCUACAACCACCAGGCCGGCACUGUGGAUUACAGAUCCAACAGAACAUUUGACCGGGGUCACAUAUUUCCUAGCUCCUACGCCUCAACCAAAGCGGACAAACGGUCGACUUUCACCCUGACCAACGUUGUUCCCCAAGCGGAGUCCUUCAACAAGGGCAGCUGGAACAAAAUGGAGAGGUGCACCAAAUGCAUCAUGGAGAAGUACUGCGUCAGCAGCGGCGGCGGUACCGGGGGCUUUGUGGUGACCGGGGCCCUGCCCAGCUCCAACAGCACCCUCAACAACAGGGUCAACGUUCCCGCUGCGCUCUGGUCGGCGUUCUGCUGCUACAGCGCCGUGGCCGAGGCGUGGAUAGCGAGCGGGCACUGGGGCCACAACGUUCAGGACGAGUCCAAACACAAGUAUCUGAAGACGGAGACUCUGGAAGACCUGCAACACCGGCUGCACAGGUCCAACUCUGAGUUUGUAAUAUUCCCUGGAUCAGAAUGUCCUCUGACAACAACCGUAACAGAGUUUUACCCAGAAACGAAAAACUGCUUCUGCCCACCGACCGUCCCGGACCCUUGAUCUUCUGUCUCUGGUUCCGCUGCAUUUCCACCUUCUCGCCAUGCGCUCUUCUUCUCCUUCUUUUUAUUCUCAUAUCAUCACUGCAUAUCCUGAUAUUCAAGACAAACAGACUGAACUGGGACAGUGAAAACCAGUAAAUAAUCAUUGGGAACCUUUCUUUAAUCUUUCUACAUUUUCCAGUCUGUGUUGCAAUUGCUUUCCUUUUCCAGUAGAUGGCGCAACCUUCAAAUAAAAUUGGUUGCAAUCUCCUUAGGAAUGUAUAAAUGCAUCUUUAUUUGCGUUAAACUGUUCAACAAUACCAUGUGGAAUGUGAUUUGUAAAGUUAGACAGUUAAAAAUUAGCAACAAUAAUCUGGAUUAUUUGGUCCAUCUUAAAAAUGGAGAUUCACGAGGAUGUGAGAUACAAGAAGAAGGUGGAUUUGCAACAAGAAGGAAACAUUUGCAGCACAAAUCCUGGUGGAAAAUGAGGAAAGAAAUGCCCUAGAAGAACUGGACAAACUGGAGUUUGUCCAGACCUACUGGACAAA